UUUUUCUUGUAUAUAUUUAGUUGAAUGCUUCGAUCUUUUUGGGUCGUGUGCAUUAUAGUGUUAAAAAUAAUAAUAUAAUUCAUUUAAAAAAUUGAAUCUCAACCUCAUCAGAAUCAUCGAUAUUAUUUUUAAACAAUAUGGCUCGGAAGGAAGAACCUAAAAUUCAGCCAAACAAUGAAUUAGAAAAGAAGAUCAUAGAAGCUUUCGAAGUGUUUGACCAUUCCGGGAAGCAGGUUGUGGACGUCAGGGAAGUAGGAACUAUACUCAGAUCUCUGGGAUGCUGUCCAACGGAGGUCGAGAUACAAGAGGUGAUACUGGCAACGGAAAAUAAAGAAGCUUCGGGAAACGUUCCGCUUCAAAAUUUUCUGCCGUACAUGUGCAAAGUUAUGACUGAACACAGAUUGUGUCCGGCAACUGCAGAAGUGCUUCUGGCCGCAUUUCGAUACUUCGACAAGGAAGGUCGUGGAUACAUCACUAAAGAAAGGUUCGCGACCUUAAUGUUGGAGGAAGGAGAGCCAUUUACCGAGGAAGAAUUCGAUGAAAUGAUGCAGACAGCUCUCGAUCCUGUGACUGACACCAUCACAUAUGAAUAUUACAUCAAUCAAUUGCUGGUGGCACCAAUGGAUGUUUAUAAAACAGCUGAUGCUGUAGAAGAGGAAUGGAAAAAGCGAGAAGCAGCUGCUCCAAGGAGGAGACGUGCCUCAUCUUUGCUCCGUGCCGCCCGGAAUUAACUAUAUUAUGUUGAAGAUGAAGCUGUCGAACAAUCGGAACCUCAACACUAAAAUUUUAUGAUUUUUGAUGAUAUUAUAGUUAUUUAUAUUUGGAAUACAAGAGUGAUGAGCUA